UCGCUACAGCUCCGUUCAAUUCGGUCAGGAUUUGUACGCACGCAUGAAGAAGCGCGGUCUCGGUCGGAGACUUCAGAAGAGAUUGUACGAAGCUCUCGGACAUUCGUAUUCUUGUCUUAUCACACAUAAACCCACUGUAGCCCAAAACAUGACGGGGUCUGAGAUCUCCCAAAUCCUGAAAGAGGGAGAGCUGGAGAAAAGGAGCGAAAAUCUUCUCCAGUUCUGGAAGAGAAAGACCUGCGUUCUCACCACGGACAGCUUGAACAUCUACACCGACAACCAGAAGAAGACCAAGAGCAAAGAGCUCAAGCUGCAGUCUAUUAAGAAGGUCGAUUGUGUCGAACGCACCGGCAAGUUCGUCUACUUCACGAUUGUAACGACAGACAAUAAGGAGAUUGACUUUCGCUGCUCGGGCGAGGAGAACUGCUGGAAUGCCGUGAUCACAAUGGCUCUGAUUGACUUUCAGAACAGAAAAGCCAUUCAGGACUUUAAAACGCGACAAGAAACAGAGAACACGUCUCUGGGACAGCAAGAAAGAUGCCAGGCUAGAGCACCAUAAGAUGUUGAUCCAAGCCAUAUAUGAGAUAUACAGGAGUGAAUCCUGAUGCUUGGACCAAAGCGAAGACAAUGUCGGCAUGUCUGAAAGGAGCCCAUGUGCUCGGAAAAAGGACAAUCCUUGAGCUGGUCCAUGAAGGUCUUUGGAAACCUGAAAUGAUUUCAACUAGCCAAUCCCAAUAAGACUGAAUUCUUGAACUUUCUUAACUGCCUCGAUGAUGUUCAAUGAGGUGUUGGAUAUGUACUACAUGUAAAUGUUCUAUUUAUUUUUUCCAAAGGAAUGCUGCAAAUACCAAUGUUGUAUUAAGUUAUUUCAAUAUGUAUUUAUUUAAAUAAAUUUUCACAA